CUGUGUUGUACUAUCGACGAGAUCCAUAUCACUAGGGGCUCGGGCGCCUAGAAGAGUCACUUUCAUUCAGUCGAAUUCUACUGGUCGAUAGAACAAGUUGCAACUUCCUGGUCUCUAAUUGUUAAGAUUCCGCUAAGAUAGCCUAGGAUGUCGCACCUCAGGGGCUUGGGGCGACUGCUGAUCGCCGUGACCUUCUUCACGUGCGGAUUCUUCGUCAACAUUGGCCAGCUCUUUCUGAUUCUCCUCGUUAGGCCCUUCGAUAAGAAGCUCUCUCGCAGUCUGGCCUACUACCUGCACUACUCCUUCUAUUGCAUCCUUGUCUGUGUAGCGGAAUGGUAUGCGGGCAGCAAACUGAGGGUCUACAUCGACCCCCAGGACGAGCAGAAGUUCUUUGGCAAGGAGCACGGACUGCUCCUGAUGAAUCACACGUACGAGAUCGACUGGCUAACCGCAUGGAUGAUCACCGACAAGCUGGGCAAUCUGGGGGGAACCAAGGCGUAUGCCAAGAAGAUGCUGCGCUACGUCCCGGUCUUGGGUUGGGUAUGGUGGAUGGCCGAGUUCAUCUUCCUUGACCGCAACUUCGAGAAGGACAAGGUCGUGAUCAAGACGCAGCUGAAGGAGGUAUUCUCCUAUCCUGAUCCUGUGUGGCUACUGCUCAACGCGGAGGGCACCCGUUUCACUGCCGCCAAGCACGAGCUGUCCGUCAAGUUCGCCCAGGAACGAGGUCUUCCCGUCCUCAAGCACCACUUGAUUCCGCGCACUAAAGGAUUCACCACCAGUCUGCCCACCAUGCGAGGCAUUUGUCCUGCCAUCUACGACAUCAAUCUGGCCUUCAAGAAGGAUGCUGAGCCAAAACCGACCAUGCUGUCCCAGUUGAACGGAGAGCCCGUGGAACCGUACAUGUACAUUCGGCGAGUGCCUCUGGACGUGGUUCCGGAUGGUGAAAAGGAGGCCGCUGCAUGGAUGCAGAACUUCUUUGCGGAAAAGGACAAAAUCAUUGACAGCUUCCACGAGACUGGCAGCUUCUUCAAGAACUCCGGGGUCAAGGAGGUGCCCGAGAAGAUCUACAAGCCGCGCUUGAGUACUCUCCUCAACUUUUUGGGCUGGGCUACUUUUGCUGUCCUGUGCAUCCUGCACUAUUUGGUAACCUCACUGGUUGCUGGCAACUGGUUUGGCUUCAUCACUGUUCUGUCAAUUUUGGGAGGAUUCUAUGGCCUCAUGGAAUACGCUGUCAAUGCUUCGAAGAUCAGCAAAGCCUCUGCGUAUGGUGCAGCUGCAAAGAAAUAGAUUUUUAUACCUGAGUUUUAUAAACUCUGCGACAGUUUUGGCACAGCUGAUAAGUAAUUACUUGACUGCAAAAACCAUAGAAAUAUUAUGUACAUCGAGUUGAAUGUACAAAAACCAAUUGUAGCUAACCGAAUAAAAUAACAUUGUAUGCGAAA